GGGGCGGGACGGGAGCGAAGAUGGCGGCGGAGCUGGAGCGGGUGCGCAUCUCGGCCGCGGAGCUGAGGGGCAGCCUGGCGGCGUUGGGGAGGGCCCCGGGGGGCGGGGGCCGAGAGAGCAUGAAGGAACUGAAGGAGCCCAGGCAUCGUAAAGAUAACCGGCGUCCAGACCUUGAAAUCUACAAGCCUGGCCUCUCCCGGCUUAGGAACAAACACACACUAUUAAAACAGGAAGCCUCAGUGUAUGAAGGGACCAGAUCUGAGGAAUCCAAGGAUGAAACUGCUAGUGACAAAGAUCCUGCUGGUGCUGGAGGGGGAUCUCAGGUCACUGGAGAUCUCAGCAAAGGUGACAGCCAGAAGCAGAAUGGUCCCUCCCAGGGAAAUGGAGAGAUGGAAAGUAAAGCUGUUUUUCAGAGCCAAGAGAAUUUGGAUAAACACUCUGUCUCAGAUGACUGGUGUCCCAGGAUCAUCAGGAGAACCAAGAAGCCGGACCAGCAGAUCUAUCAGCCUGGGAAACGCCUGCAGACCAUUGCCAAGGAGGCAGCUAGCCAGCCAGCCAAUGAUGAAAUUGCCAGUAAGAUGGAACAGCUGAGAGUUGAAGGAGAUGAAGAGACUGAAAGGGACAUUGGGAAAGGCAGCAACAGCAGCAGAACUAAACUUAACAGAGAGGAGAGGGAGGGAAGCCUGACUAGUGAGGGAGUGAAAACCACAAGGGGAGAAAAAGGAAGGCAGGUAGAGCGGGCUGACAGGGUCAGGAAAUCAGGUGAUGACUUGAUCCAGGGGAAGCUGGGAUCUACAAAGCGAUACUCCCGCUCUGACAAACGGAGGAGCCGAUACCGCACCUGUAGCACCAGCUCAGCAGGGAGCAACAACAGCACAGAUGGAGCCCCACUGGCUGACGGGGGAAAGAAGCGACAGGAGCGGGCCAAAGAGAGAAGCCGUCCUAAAAAACAGCUCUCUGCUUCCUCCACUGACUCUCUGGAAGAUGACAAAAUUGGGGAGACAGAAGCAUUUGGCGCCAGCAGGAAUUCAGAGAGAAAGCACCCAGAGCAGAGCCGGGCUAAAAGUGAGAGUGAGUGGAGCAGCAAUGGGAAGGAGGUCAAGGGAGCCCCGCGCGUCACUUUCGAUAAUAGGUCUGUGAACAGAGACAUCCCUGUGGCACACACGGACAAGAAAAAGCCUCCAAAGGCUUUUAAUGUAAGUGACUCCAUAGAGGCUGUGGAGGUGAAGGGCAGGGAGCCUCAGGGGAGAGGCCGUGGGAUUCUCAUCCUGCCUGCCAACACAGACCUCUCUGCCAGUGCUGCAGGCUCUCCCGAAUCUACUCAGCCUGGGCCCAGGCUCCUGCUUGGUAGUGGCGGCAGCAAGGGGCCCAGAGGCCGGGGCCGUGGAGGCACUAUGCGCAGGUUAUGGGAUCCAAACAACCCGGACCAAAAACCUGCUCUGAAGAGCCAGACCUCACAGCUUCAUUUUCUAGAUACUGAUGAUGAAGUGAGUCCCACUUCCUGGGGGGAUGCACGCCAGUCACAGGCCUCCUACUACAAAUUUCAGAAUUCUGACAACCCCUAUUAUUACCCAAGUCCAAAAGGCCAAAGUCCUCAGUAUCCUUAUGGAGGGUAUUCUUUGCCAUAUCAGAUGGGCCCCAAUAACAGUGUUUACCCAGGAGCUUACUACCCCGGAUAUCCAGGCCAGUCAGGGCAGUAUAUCUGCAGCCCCCUCCCCUCUGCCCCUUUGAGUCCUGAGAUGGAACAGCAGAUGAGGAACAUACAGCAGCAGGAGCUCAGCAAACUCCUCCGAGAGGCUGGGAACCAGGAACAGCAGCUCAGCAACCUGCUUUCCAGAGACCGCAUCAGCCCUGAGGGUCUUGAGAAGAUGGCACAACUGAGAGCAGAGAUGCUGCAACUGUAUGAACGAUGCAUCCUCAUGGAUAUUGAGUUCUCCGAUAACCAGAAUGUGGAUCAGCUGCUCUGGAAGAACGCCUUCUAUCAAGUGAUUGAGAAAUUCCGGCAGCUCCUCAAGGAUCCACUAGGGGAGAACGGGCAGGAAAUUCGGAACAAACUGCUUCAGCUCCUCGAUGAGGGCACUAUUUUCUUUGACAAUUUGCUUCAGAAGCUGCAGGUGUCAUACCAGUUCAAACUGGAGGAUUAUAUGGAUGGGAUGGCCAUUCGCAGCAAGCCCUUGCGGAAGAUGGUGAAGUACGCGCUGAUCAGUGCCCAGAGGUGUAUGAUUUGUCAAGGGGACAUUUGCCGGUACAGGGAGCAAGCGAACGACACAGCAAACUAUGGGAAAGCACGCAGUUGGUAUCUGAAGGCUCAGCACAUUGCCCCCAAAAAUGGCCGUCCAUAUAAUCAGUUGGCUCUGCUGGCUAUCUACACGAGGAGGAAGCUGGAUGCUGUGUACUAUUACAUGCGCAGCCUGGCUGCCAGCAACCCCAUCCUCACAGCCAAGGAGAGCCUCAUGAGCCUGUUUGAAGAGACAAAACGCAAGGCUGAGCAGAUGGAACAAAAGCAGCAUCAGGUGCUGGAACUGAGCCCCAGCCGAUGGGGGAAGGGCAAGAAGUCCACAUUCCGACAAGUUGGAGACGACGCCACUCGGCUGGAGAUCUGGAUUCAUCCCUCCCACCCCCGCUGCUCCCAUGGCCAUGAAUCCGGCAGGGAGUCUGAGCAGGACAACGGGCUUGGGAACCUCAGCCCCAGUGAUCUGAACAAAAGGUUCAUCCUCAGUUUUCUCCAUGCCCAUGGGAAGCUGUUUACCAGGAUUGGGAUGGAGACGUUCCCGUCAGUGACAGAAGAGGUGCUGAGGGAGUUCCAGGUGCUGCUGAAGCACAGCCCUCCUCCCAUCGGAAGCACCCGCAUGCUGCAGCUCAUGGCUAUCAACAUGUUUGCGGUGUACAACUCCCAGCCCAAAGAGUGCCUCUCGGAGGACUGUCGCUCAGUGCUCCAGGAACAGGCCACAGCGCUGGGACUCUGCAUGUUUGCCCUGCUGGUGAGGCGCUGCACCAGCUUACUGAAGGAGUCCGUCCGAGCUUGGCCCCAGGAAGCAGAGCAGGAUGAGGAGGAUGAUAUCAAGGUCUCCGCCUUGCCCCAGGAUCUGAAGGAGCUCCUCCCCAGCGUGAAAGUCUGGUCGGACUGGAUGCUCGGCCACUCGGACACCUGGAACCCCCCUCCCACCUCCCUCGAGUUGCCCAAACAGGUCUCAGUGGAUGUGUGGGCGACACUGGCCGACUUCUGUAACAUACUGACCACAGUGAAUCAGUCGGAGGUGCCGUUGUACAAGGACCCCGAUGAUGACCUUUCCCUGCUCAGCCUGGAAGAGGAUCGGCUCCUUUCGGGCUUUGUCCCCCUGCUGGUCGCCCCCCAGGAGCCCUGCUACGUGGAGAAAACCUCGGACAAGGUUAUUGCAGCUGACUGCAAGAGGGUCACAGUUCUGAAGUAUUUCCUGGAAGCCCUUUGUGGACAAGAAGAGCCUUUGCUGGCAUUCAAGGGUGGAAAAUAUGUGUCAGUGGCACCCGUCCCAGACGCCAUGGGAAAGGAAAUGGGAAGCCAAGAGGGAAAACAACUGGAAGAUCAGGAGGAUGACUUGAGGAUUGAGGCGUUUGAAGAUGAUUCUGAGGCUGAAGUCAGUGGAGAAGAGUUUGACAUCAGGGAACUCAGAGCCAGGAAGCAAGCGCUGGCCAGGAAAGUAGCUGAGCAGCAGCGUCGUCGGGACAAGAUUCAGGCUGUGCUGAAGGAUCAGAGCCAGAUGCGGCAGAUGGAGCUGGAGAUCAGACCUGUCUUCCUGGUGCCAGACACCAACGGCUUCAUCGACCACCUGACUAGCCUGAAGAAGCUGCUGGAGUGGCGGAAGUUCAUCUUGGUGGUGCCCCUGAUUGUGAUCAAUGAGCUGGAUGGCCUGGCCAAGGGCCCGGAACUGGAGCAUCGGGCUGGGGGCCAUGCCCGCCUGCUGCAGGAGAAAGCCAGGAGAUCCAUUGAGUUCCUGGAGGAGCGCUUUGAGAAUCGCGACAACUGCAUGAGGGCUCUGACUAGCCGUGGCAACGAGCUCGAAUCCAUCUCCUUCCGCAGCGAAGACACCACCGGCCAGCAGGGCAACAACGACGACCUGAUUCUGUCCUGCUGUCUCCAUUACUGCAAUGACAAGGCCAAGGACUUCAUGCCCACCAACAAAGAUGAUCCAAUCCGUCUGCUCAGAGAGGUGGUGCUGCUCACGGACGAUCGGAACCUGCGUGUCAAGGCACUGACCCGGAACGUGCCCGUGCGAGACAUUCCCACCUUCCUGAAGUGGGCCCAGGAGGGCUGAGCGGGUGUGACUGAGGAGGAGAUGUCCCCGCGUGAGUGACGCAGCGUGUUGCUGGUGGGAGAAUGGCUUUCAAGGCAGCCCUGCACCACCACCACUGCCUCCCGACCCACCAUUGAACAAUAAAUACCACGUCUUCAAAGCCAGCCCCAAAUGGCCAUGCUGCAAAGGGAAGGUCCCUGCUGUGGAUGGGUCGUGCGGAGGCCAGGACUCUGCGGGUUGCCAGGGCCUUUGGGAAGAGUGGGGGGCAGAGCAGGGGGCACUGGUCCCUGGGGAAAGCUUUGGGCUAGCCCCAUUGCCCUUGUCAGCAUCCUUGACUGGAGAGAGCUCCCGUUGGAGGCCAGUGUUCUCCUUGGAGCUGUGCUCUGAGCCGGCCAGAGGAAUGGGAGCCUCCUGUCUGUUAACUGGCUACGGAAAGUGGGAGGGACCUGGCGUUGUGGCAGUUCCUGCUGGCGGUUUCCAGAGGCGCUUGUGUUCCUGCUGGAGCCCUGGUGCACCCCUGAGACACUGAACAUGGAGGUCAGGGUCUGUCCUGCUCUCUCUGGCCAUUUCGCUCACACCUUGGCUGUUCCUCUCCGCCUGUCUCGAUUCUUUCAUCUGUCCACUUGGCUGGCAGCUCAUUGGAGCCCUAGUUGUGUCCCACGGGAAUAGGGCUGCAGCAGCCCCAUCACUUCCCACCACUGGAGUCUGGGUGGAAAGUAAUGGAUAUUUGGCUCCUUUUCCCGUUUUGAAGAUGCUCUGGUCCCCUCUCCAGCACGGGGGCAGCAGGUCCUGCUCUGAGAACCUCACCACGAGCUUUAGGGUUGUCUAUUGUUCAGGAUCCAUUGCUGCUAAGGAAAAGCAUUAAAUACCCAGGCUGCAUUGUACCUUGAUUGCUCCAUACAUCCUCUGCCCCACAUACCUCCUGAGCCCCCUGCCCCACACACCCUCUGCUCCUCUGCCCCAUAUACCUCCUGAGCCCCCUGCUCUGCUCCUCUG